AUGGCUGCUCUGGCGAGCAAAGGCUACUGUGUGAUCCAAACUAGCUUGAGCGACGAGGAGCGUGAAGCUGCUUGGAGGAGUGCGCAGGAGCAGGACAGAUAUUUCUUUCGCAUGAAGCAAGAGGUGGAGACUGGCUACAUGGGCUUUGAAUCCAACAACAAGGUCGCCUGGCUGAAGGAGCGGCGAGAGGAGCAAUCAAACCCGGAUGGUCUGAACUAUCCGGAGGAUGAAGAACUCGACAACAAAGCCUUCGAUGGCAGUGAAAAGCUCUUCACGGACCUGGCGACAGCAAUUGCGCCUUUGACACCCACGCUGGGUGUCAGCUUUAGCUACAUCAUGAACCCUCUCCUGCGAGUGUCAAUGACCAAGAACGAGGAGGAGGAUUACCUGCCCGAGUCUGUCCGGGACAUGAUGCAAGAUCCGGAUUCGGGUUGGACGGUUCCAGUUCAGGAGUACCUCUUCUUCUCUCGACGAAGAAGGCUGUGCGUGAUGCAUCUCAUUGAGGCCGAGGGAGGUGAGGUGUGGUUUUACCCGAAGGAUGGUUCCUUCCUAUCCGGUGGCAAGCGGAGCAUGCGAGUUCCAGCUGCUCCGAACAAGCUCCUGAUUUUCCGCCACGACAUAAUGGAUUAUUCCUUCCAGGCCGUUGGCCGGAGCUUGGCACUUCAGGCUUGGCUCAUGCAGGACAUCGGCAA